UUACAUCAUCUUCAACAUGAAGAUAGCUGCAGUGCCAAUGCUUCUGACCCUGGCUCUUUGCCUCAUACAAGAUGCUGCAAGUGAAGGUGAAAAUCAGGAAACAUGCAAUGAAUAUAGGGCACUGAUGAAAAAUGGAAAACUGUUUUGUUCCCAAGAUAAAAACAUUUUUCAAAGCCCUGAUGGAACAGUGUUCAUCAACAAAUGUGCCACAUGCAAAAUGAUAUUAGAAAAAGAAGCAAAAUCCCAGAGAAGGGCCAGGCAUUUAGCAAGAGCCAGGGCUACUGCCCCAGCAAAGUUGAAUUGCAGUGAUUUCAAGAAAGGAGAAAGGGAUGAGGAUUUUAUCUGUACCUAUGAUAAUGCAGCUGUUUGUGGCACAGAUGGGAAAACGUACAGUAACAGAUGUACACUAUGUGCUGAGAACGCUAAAACCAGAUCUCAAGUUCGCAUAAAAGGUGAAGGAGCAUGUAAGAACAGUAAUCCAGAGCAGGAUAUAUGUAGUGAGUUUCGGCCUUAUGUGAAGGAUGCAAGACUUGGAUGCACAAAGGAACUUGAACCAGUUCUUGGUCCUGAUGGAAGGACACAUGACAAUAAGUGUCUGAUGUGUGCUGAGCUAUUCUUAAAAGAAGCUGAAGAAAAUGCCAAGCGAGAAGGUGAAACCAGAAUUCAACGAAGUGCUGAAAAGAAUGUCUGCAAGGAAUAUGAAAACCAAGUGAGGAAUGGAAGACUUCUUUGUACAUUCGAGUGGGAGCCAGUCUGUGGCCCUGAUGGCAGGAUGCAUAGCAGCAAGUGUGCCCUGUGUGCUGAAAUUUUCAGACAACGUCUUUCAGAAGAAAAAAAUAAAGCAGAUGAACCCCUGGGAAAGGCUAAAGAAAAAGUUAGAAGAGAAACUGAGAAACUCUGCAGUGAAUAUCAGGAUCAUGUAAAGAAUGGAAUACCUUUCUGUACCAGAGAAUAUAAACCUAUUUGUGGCCCAGAUGGGAAAAUGCAUGUCAACUUGUGUUCCAUGUGUCAAGUCUUCUACCAAGCAAAAGCUGAAGAAAAGAAAAAAGAUGAAGCAAAAGCUGAAGAAAAGAAAAAAGAUGAAGCAAAAGCAAGAAGUAAAAGAGAACCUGGAAAAGCAUGCUUAUAUGCAAAACGUGUGUCCAAAUUACCUUCUCUAUCUUGGCAGAAGCUGUGCAGUGAAUACCGCAAGUUUGUGAGAAAUGGAAAACUCAUUUGCACCAGAGAGAAUGACCCCGUCGAGGGCCCAGAUGGGAAAAUGCAUGACAACGCCUGCUCCAUGUGUGAGGCUUUCUUUCAACAAGAAGAAAGAGCAAGAACAAAGGCUAAAAGAGAAACUGCAAAGGAGCUGUGCAGUGAAUACCGUAACUAUGUGAGGAACGGACGUCUUCCCUGCACCAGAGAGAAUGACCCCAUCAAGGGCCCAGAUGGGAAAAUCCAUGGCAACACCUGCUCCAUGUGUGAGGCCUUCUUCCGGCAAGAAGCAAAAGAAAAAGAAGCGGAAUCCAGAAGAGCUAAGAGAGUAGCUGAAAAGGAUACAUGCAGUGAAUUUCGGAGCCUUCAGAAAAAUGGAAGUCUUUUCUGCACUCGAGAAAAUGAUCCUGUGCGUGGCCCAGAUGGCAAGACCCAUGGCAACAAGUGCGCCAUGUGCAAAGCAGUCCUCCAGAAAGAAGAUGAAGAAAGAAAGAGAAAAGAAAAGGAAGAUCAGAGAAAACCUGCAGGGCGUGGUUCCAAACGUGGCGGAAGAGGGAAAGCUCAGGACCCAUGUGCUGAGUAUCAGGGACAAAUGAAAAAUGGAACACUCGGCUGUACUCGGGAGGUUGAUCCUAUACGCAAUGCAAAUGGCAAAUUGUACAACAAUAAGUGUACCAUGUGUGAAGAGAAACUGCAAGGAGAAGCAGAGGCAAAAAAGAAGAAUCCUGGCUACAGAUCAAAUGGGAAUGUAUCAGCAUUAAGAAAGGAUGUAUGUGAUGAGUUUAGAAGUCAAAUGAAUAAUGGACAACUUACUUGCACCCGAGAAAGUGACCCUGUCAAGGGUCUAGAUGGCAAGACAUAUAGCAACACGUGUGCUAUGUGUAAGGAAAAACUGGCAAAGGAAGCAGCCGCAAGAAAACCGAAAGCACAGGACUACAUGAGAAACGCAGCUGAAGAGAACAAUGAAAAAGAGAACUCUGAGAUGUGCAAACACUACCGAGUAUUACCCAGGAUGGGUUACCUUUGUCCAAAGGUUUUACAGCCUGUCUGUGGUGAUGAUGGCCAGACAUACAGCAAUCCUUGCAAGCUCUGUCAUGAAAAUCUAAUACACCAAACUAAUACACACAUACUCAGGGAAGGAAGAUGUGAGGAGAAUAGCAACCCAGAAACAACACCUCUCAGCGUGCCAGCAUCUGUAAGUACACCGGCGUUCAUGAUUACAGUGUCAGAACCAGGUGGUUCUGCUUCUGUUCUCUUGAACUGA